AUGGUUGCGCAAUCGCUGGCCUCGCUAUUGCAGCGGGCGUCGAUCGAUGACCACGAGGAGGUCCUCCAGUCAUGCAAUGCAGCCCUCGCCAAAUCUAAAUCUGAUCUGCAGGCGCAACACAUGAAAGUUGUUGCUCUAUUGAAACUUGACCGUUACGAAGAAGCUCUCAAGACAUUCCAGGCCGGAGGCAAUGCGCUGAAGCAGAGUGCAGGCCUGGAGUACGCCUAUGCAUCAUACAAGUGCGGGAAGCUUGAAGAUGCUGCCGAAGGCUUGACCCACACAGCUUCUGGACGUGGUGCUAGUCAUCUCGAGGCACAAGUGCGCUAUCGUGCUGAGCACUUCCGACGGGCAGCCGAAAUUUAUGAACAACUGUCGAAAGAUACGACAUCUUUCGGCCACGAGGUCAACGAUCUGAGCAUCAAUUCGUGGGCUACUGAUGCGCAGCUUCAAUGGAAAGGAGAGACGGAAUUCGUGCGCCACGACCGAUUGUCGAGGGAGGAUUUGGAAUCUUUCGAAACAACCUACAACGCAGCUUGCUUGAACAUUGCAAAGGGGGCAUUCAAGCAGAGCGAGGUCUUGCUCAACCGAGCUCAAAAUAUCUGCCGGACAUCGGAGGACCUUUCACCUGAAGAUAAGGUCGCAGAGCUGCUGCCAAUCGCAGUCCAGCAACUUUAUGUCCUGAUUCAACUCGGAAAGUUGGAGGAGGCCGAGGCGGUUCUCAAAGAUAUCUCCGUCGAAAACAUCACCGAAUUAUCGACCAAGAAGAUCGCCCGCAACAACAUCGUCCUCGCUCGCCCAACCGCUGUCAAUCCCUACAUCCUAUACAAGGCCCUCCAUGACACCCCAGAUGCCACCAAUAACGAUCGGCUAUUCGAAUUCCAGGACCGUGAUAUGAUCGGUAACUCGCACGCCGCAGACCUCCUUGUCCAGAAAUACGAUGGUAUUAUCCGGUCCACAACCAAGGCACAGUCAAAAUGCCCAAGCCCAUCCACCGACGCCAUCCCCAACCUUCUCUCUGUAUACAACGCCGCAGCACACGCUCAAGGCGAAACUGGCCCUAAAGCCCUUCACAAGAUCGUCCCACUGCUGGAGCGACGGCCCACAGACCUUGGCCUUCUCCUGACGGUGGUACAGCUCUAUGUCAGCAAUGGCAACACUACCUCUGCUAUCACCGCCAUGGAGCGAAGUCUCCAAAUCCUGGAGGGAACAAACGAGUCCGUCCGAUUCAACCCCGGGCUUCUUAGCGUCCUCGUCUCCCUCUACCAGCUUGAAGGUCGCAUAGUCCAGAUCCGCACCACCCUCGCACAAGCCGCCUCCUACUGGCGCACGAAGCCCGAGCCCCCCCGCGUCCCUCCUCCGCGCACGGGUGAUCUAUUCCGUGCCCUGCACCAACAAGAUCCCAACGACCGUGUCGCCAUCGCCGGCUACGUCGCCUCACAAGCAACCCUGGACUAUGCGCAGAUUGAGUCUGAGCUAAACCGCCUGCCAGCAGUCAGCGACUUGAUCGCUGACAUCGACGUCUCAGCUCUUGAAUCCGCUGGAAUCUCUCCCUCGGCUUCCUCCGUUGCCGCGGCCGCUGCCGCCUUCGCUGGUGCCCGCAAGCGCACCGCAGCUAGCGCUGAAGACCGCGCCAACAAGCGCGUCCGCAAGUCCCGUCUACCCAAGGACUUCGACCCUGCCAAGAAGCCAGACCCCGAGCGCUGGCUGCCUGUGCGUGACCGCUCUUCUUACAGGCCUAAGGGCAAGAAGGGCAAGCAGCGUGCUGCGGCCCUCACACAGGGUGGUCCUGUCAAUGAGAAGGCGGAGGAGUCUCCCGCUCAGCAAGUACAAAAGUCUGGCGGUGGCGGUGGCGGCUCUAAUGCUAAGAAGAAUAAGAAGAAGGGCAAGCGAUAG